GCAUUGACACAAACAAUCCCGUAAACCAAAUCAUAGGCUGUCUGUCGCGAGAGCCCUCAGAGGCUUAAACCCUCCGCUGCUAUCCGGCUGUCUUCCUGACAAGGCCAACCAGCAGUCGGCACCCAAAGAGAAGAACAGAGGCCGGAAGACAUGGAUGGUGGUGGCGCAGCGGUGACGGUCCAGAGAUUCCACCAGCCCAAAUACGUCGACGCCCUCAGGUGGCUCCCUCCUUCCUCCCCCUUCCACCGCCACGUCGUCGCCUCACUCUACGACUUCGACUCCGACUCCUCCUCCAUCGACAUCUUCUCCCUCCAUGCCACCGCUAGCACCGCCAUCACCAAUUCCGGUGCCAGGUCCCUUACCAACCUCGACGUAGUCUCAUCUUCCCCUUCCUCUGGCAGGUUCUCCAUCCUCAGAGUCUCCCCAUCUCGUAACACCCACAAGCCCAUUGUUGCCGCGGCCUCCUCCUUGUCGGGCUCCCUCUAUUUCUUUGUCGUCGACGCCGUCGAGCCGACCCUCGAAGCAGAAUUGUCACUCACCCCGUCCGACGGGCCGUUCCACAAUGGUGGUAUCGCGGGAAUGGAUCUAGAGGAAGGCAGAUGCGAGGCCAUCACUGUUGGGGAGGAUGGGAGGGUGAACAUAGCAUGGAUCGGCCAGGCGGGAGGCGUGAACCAUCGGCGCGUCUUCGACAGCGGGGGCCUGGUUUCAUAUAGCGCCGUCUGCUGGGCGUCUCCCGCAGAAUUCGUGACGGGAGGCCCCGGGUUUAAUCUGCAGUGGUGGGAUCAGAGGAAAACUGGGGGUCCCGUUUCUCAUUCUACUGGAAAAUGGAUCCGAGGGACAUCACCAGGAAUGGUACAUUCUGUAGAUAUCCAUCCAUCGCGAAAGCAUAUUUGUGUGGCAGGAGCAUCUUCAGGUGCAGUUUUUGCCUGGGAUCUUCGUCAGCCGCAGCAGCCAAUUUCAUUAUCGGGGAUGGGGCCUGGUGGAAUAAUGACUGAAUCACUCUCUGAAAGUGAGGUCUGGGAGGUACAAUAUGAUCCAUAUAUACAGUCCAUAAACCUGUCUGCUUCAACAGUCCAAAUUCCGCCGGUCAUGAUGUGCUCAGAAGAUGGAGUACUAGCAGUUGUAGAAGCAGGUGAAUCUCCCAUCGAAUUGUUAUCUGAGCCAUGUGCAAUCAAUGCUUUUGAAGUCGAUCCACAUAACCCAUCUGCCGUGGUUUGCAGUCUAGAGUGGGAAACAAUAGCUGUCUUAACGAGACCAUGAAGCUUUACUGUGAGCAGAUAACAAUACAACAGAGGUCCCCUAGCCAUUUAGCACAAAAUCAUGUGCCUUUCCAGCUCGAGUAGCAUGUAGCAUCCUGAAAUUUAUAGAGUAACAUGCACAUGUUAGAACUGUGUGUACUUGAGAACUUAAAAAAAAAUUAAGCAUUCGCAGUUCAUGGCUGCUCAUCUGCCAA